CUUCUAUCCAGCUUAGAUUGCGGGAAUGGAGCUGAAUGGUGUCGGCAAGACUCAGAAGCUGCUGCUUGAGGAUGAGUCUGACCAGGCGACCAAAGCCACUCCGGCUGGAGGAUCAGGCGAACAGGAGGCGUCGGUGUCGGCGGAGAAUGCACUGGUGGGACCCCCACCCAGGCGUCGCGUGGCCUCCGUGAAGAUCACCGCGGGCGGCGCCAUCGACCGGGUGGAGUUCCGCUACGAGGACGGGUCAAAGUGGUCCCUUGGAGGACCAGGAGGGGACAAGGGAAUCCCUCCACUUGUCCUUGCGGAAGAUGAAUAUUUGGAGGAGGUGCGGCACGAGAGCCUCCCGCAGUGGUGGUAUGUAGGCAGCGCGAUUGAGUUCCGCACCAACAAGGGGAAACUGUUCCGGCAUGUGGCCCACUUUGGCAGUGGAGAGGACGAGGACAUGGUGACCUUCCGCGCCCGUCCUGGGAAGUGCAUCACGCGCUUACACUUCCAUGAUGGAGAGCUGAAAGGCAUCGUGGAGGAAGACUGUCACGUCCCAGAGGGCACGGAGCUCGAGAUGUUCAUGACCUACUGGACCGAUCCCGAGGGCAGUGCGCGGGAGAGCAGGGAGGUCAAGUGCCCCAAGGGCCACAUCAUGCGCAAGGACUGGUCGAGAACGGGCCACAUUUGCGACGAGUGUUCGCGGCGCGGCACCGCUGCACGGUGUGGAGGAGGCUGUGACUACGACUUGUGCGAGAUGUGCUUCAAACACCACAUGGAAGGAUGGGCCUCUGAGGUUCAAAGGAGGGGCUUUGCAAGCCGCGACGCCGCAAUGAGCUUUGCAAGUCGACAUGGAGCUCCUGUUGGCGGUGCGUUGCUGCUGGGACCCAUACGACUGGAGAUGGAGGACCACCCAUGGUUGGAUGGCUACCGGGAGCUUCGUGAGGCGUGUGGCUCCUGGACACGUCGCCUCUCUUCGCUGGUGCAGCAGGCGCGGAACGCAGACACCGGGCCUCGGCUGCCCACCUUCGACCCGCGUGCACCGCGCACCGCGCGGGCACCUGCCGGCUUGGUGGUGGACGUCCGGCGAGGCACGCGCAUCAGGGCCUGGGGACCCCCUGAACGCUUGGCGAUGUGCGAGAAGGCGGCGGUGGAUGCAGGGGAGUUCAAUGCCUCCCAGUGGUCCAAGAAGAGCUCCUCAUUCAGGGGAUUCGUCUCGUGGAUCAGGAGGACAAUUCCACUCGCCUGGAGGGUGUUGUCCUUACUGGACUGGCGUAGGAAUGUUUGGAGCUCGUUGGCUGUCGGGUUGUGCAUCAUCAUCCGGUCAGCCUGCGACGCAUGGCAACCGGUGCUCACCGGUGCGGUCUUCAACUUGGUGAAUGGCGAUCGUCACGAGGUGGAGAGGGAGUCACACUUCUUGCACUUCCUGUGUUCGUGGACCUUCGGUUGUAGCGGACGACUGCCCUUGGCUCGCUCGGUGAUCCUCGGUUUGAUGCUGGCGGCCAUCGUGCAGGGCCUCGCACGUGUCGUGGGCGAUGGCAUCAAGAAGGCAAUGAAGGAUCAGCAGAACACAGAGAUGCGAAUCGCCAUGUUUGAACAUCUUCUCUCACAGGACCAGGCUCUCUACGACACGCUGCGGCAGAGGGACUUGGUGCAGAAGGUGGAGCUCCGUGCCAUGAGCGAGGUCACGGAGUGGGUGUGGCAAAUGGCCGCGGACACCGUAAAGCUUGCCACUCAGUUAGUCUUCCUUUUUGCCAUUUCGCCACUGAUGACGUUGGCCUACACCGUGCUGUUGCCCCUGAUGGAGCAAACCAUCCGGAGGUAUUGUGAGCAGAGCUUGCGCGCAAAGCAGCGCCGAGAGAAUGGCCUGCAACACAUCUCGUCAGGAGUCGUGCAGGAAGCAGUUUGGAUGAUCAGGACAGUCAAAUGCUUCAGCCGUGAGGACAAGCACGUAGCUUUGGUUUCUCUGGCAGCCAGCGGCAUGGCCAAGGCAGACGUGAGCGACAGCAAGUUGAAAGGUGUAAAGCAUGGCUUGGCCAAACUCCUUCCGGACAUCUCGCAGCGCUCUGUGUACUGUUUUUGCCUCUGGUGUGGCCUUGUUUGGAUGGAGCGAGACUUCUCGGCGGGGGAUAUGACGGCAUACUUGCUGUUGGUUCAACAGGUGGGCGGCCUCGUGCAGCGGGUCAGGAACCAGUUCUUGGAGCUGCAGCGCCGUCACGACAUGCUGUUGGACCAUUUUGAGUUCAUGGAUCGUUCUCCACACUUGGUUUCAGGAACACACGAGGCGCAGGUAGAGGGUGACGUCCAGUUUCGAGCCGUAGAGUUUUCAUACCCUGCGCGACCAGACGUCCAAGUCCUCAGGGGCGUGAGCUUCAGCAUGGAGAAAGCACAGAUGACCGCUUUAGUCGGUGCCUCGGGGAGCGGCAAGUCCACCAUUGCCGCACUGCUCUUCCGCCACUAUGAUCCAUCCGUGGGAGAAAUCCUGGUCGACGGAGUUCCACUCUCCGAUUGGGAGACCUCAGCCUUACAUGCGCAGAUGGCCUUGGUGGCGCAGCAGCCCUUGCUCUUCGACACUUCGGUGCGGAACAACUUGACCUAUGGCUGUCGCAGGGAUGUGUCAGAUGAGGAGAUCGAGGCUGCGGCGCGCCUGGCGUCGGCGCAUGACUUUGUGGUGAAGUUCCCUGCGGGCUACGACACUUACGUGGGUGAUCAAGGUGCCCACAUGUCAGGCGGGCAGAAGCAGCGCCUGAGCAUUGCUCGUGCGGUGAUCCUCAAACCACGUAUCCUCGUGCUGGACGAGGCGACCAGUGCCCUGGAUGCGGAAGCCGAGGGUGCCGUGCAGGAUGCCCUGGACACGGUCAUGGUUGGCCGGACCACCCUGGUGAUCGCUCAUCGUUUAAGUACCAUCCGCAAUGCACACCGAAUCGUUUGCAUGCGCGAUGGCCUUGUGGUCGAGUGUGGCACCCCAAAGGAGCUUCUCGCCAAGCAAGGCUACUACUGGAACCUCGUGAAGCGUCAGGUGUGUACCUUGGACGACUUGCAGGGCUUCAACUUGGAGCUGGAUCAACAUCCAGCGGAGGAGUCCCAGGUGGAAGGCAAGAAAGCAGAGGCGGUGGAGGAGAAUGGGAAGUUGGACGAAGCGAAGCCAACCACUGCGGGGACAGAGGAAGAGUCAUGAGAAGGGCGCGUUAGGUAGUUGAUCCGCAUUUAGAAGUAGAAUGUGCUGAUUUAACUUAACCCGAUGCCGCACAGGUGGAUGACAUGGUGGUGUUCCUUUCAAAUUUGC